UUAUGACAUCAGCAUCCAAAGGAAUUCUCCGCCCAUUUUUAAUCGUCUGCAUUAUCCUGGGCUGCUUCAUGGCCUGUCUGCUCAUUUACAUCAAGCCUACCAACAGCUGGAUCUUCAGUCCAAUGGAGUCAGCCAGCUCAGUGCUGAAAAUGAAAAACUUCUUCUCCACCAAAACUGAUUAUUUUAAUGAAACUACUAUCCUGAUUUGGGUGUGGCCAUUUGGGCAGACCUUUGACCUUACAUCUUGCCAAGCAAUGUUCAACAUCCAAGGAUGCCAUCUCACAACAGACCGUUCUCUGUACAACAAAUCUCACGCAGUUCUGAUCCAUCACCGAGACAUCAGUUGGGAUCUGACUAACUUACCUCAGCAGGCCAGGCCACCCUUCCAGAAAUGGAUUUGGAUGAAUUUGGAAUCACCAACUCACACGCCCCAAAAAAGUGGCAUUGAGCACCUGUUCAACUUGACUCUGACUUACCGCCGCGACUCAGAUAUCCAAGUGCCUUACGGCUUCUUGACGGUGAGCACAAACCCCUUCGUGUUUGAAGUGCCAAGCAAAGAGAAGUUAGUGUGCUGGGUUGUAAGUAACUGGAACCCUGAGCACGCCAGGGUCAAGUAUUACAAUGAGCUAAGCAAAAGCAUUGAAAUCCAUACGUAUGGGCAAGCAUUUGGAGAGUAUGUGAAUGAUAAAAAUUUGAUUCCUACCAUAUCUACUUGCAAAUUCUAUCUUUCUUUUGAAAACUCAAUCCACAAAGAUUACAUCACAGAAAAGCUCUAUAAUGCUUUUUUAGCUGGCUCUGUACCUGUUGUUCUGGGGCCGUCUAGGGAAAAUUAUGAGAAUUAUAUUCCAGCAGAUUCAUUCAUUCAUGUGGAAGAUUAUAACUCUCCCAGUGAGCUAGCCAAGUAUCUGAAAGAAGUUGACAAAAACAAUAAGUUAUACCUUAGUUACUUUAACUGGAGGAAGGAUUUCACAGUGAAUCUCCCACGAUUUUGGGAAUCACAUGCAUGCUUGGCUUGUGAUCAUGUGAAAAGGCAUCAAGAAUAUAAAUCUGUUGGUAAUUUAGAGAAAUGGUUUUGGAAUUAAAGUUUUCCAUCAUUUGCACACUUGGAAAAAUUAUUUUGAUGAGCUAUCAUCCAAGUUUUGAGGAUAAGAAGAGAGACAACAUUCUGCUUUUGUGUCACAAUUUAUUUUUAUCACUCUCUCUUGGGUAACAUGUACACUUUGAUGGAGAUUUCUGAGAGCUCAGCACUAGCAAUCACUCCCUUUGGUUUUAAAUUAUCCUGUAUAUACCUAAUUAUGUGCACUGAAAAUUAAUUUAUUCUUUGCUACCAUUUGUAAACAUUGUUUUUCACAUUUUGGUAGUUGUUUGUAAUGUACAUUCGUGAUAUGAUUGUUGUUUCUACAUUGGUCAGCUAUUCAAACUAUUUGGGAGAUGACAAUGCGCAUCUUAAAAUAUGAAAUAUUUUCACUAAAUACCAUGAUCUCUAGUUCCAAGUUUGCCUAAUAUAACAAAGGAAAGGUAUUUUUAACGGAGUUCUAACCUCUUUGACUUCAAAGUGAACAAAGUGUGUAACUGUCUCUAUUAGAUAUACUUUUUACCUGCUUACCACAUUUUUUGUGAAGGGAGAAUUAUUCAUGCAGUGAAUAAAAAAGAUAGUGAAGCUGAACUGUUUUUUUCAGGAAGGUAUUAGACUUUUCAUUUAUUUUCAUUAAGCAGUCUUACAAAUGCAACCACUGGUUCUCAAGAUCUUAAGUGAAAUUAUUCAAGUAUUUCUAAAUAUCCAACUUGGGGGGAUUUGUAGAACUUGGGAAAUAAUCCUGACAAUACAUAAGAAUAUCUAGGAUAGUUCUCUUCCCAAUCCUUACACUUACUAUUAUAAUAAAACAAAUAAUUUCCUCAAAUAACAAAGGAAAAGAAUGUGUAUAGAUACAAAUCAUAUUUACAAGCGGUACAUUUAUGUAUAAUCUUGAAUAACAUAAAAAUUUUAAAUAUUUUUUCCAAGCACCAAUAUUUAAAAGUUUCAUUUUACCAUGUGGACAAAUAAAUAGACAAAACAUUUUAAAAGUUUGCUCUCACAUUACAAGAACGGAAAUAAAAUUAUCAUUAAGGUGUUAUGCAGAAGAUAUUAAACAUAAUAAAGUGGGGAUCUAUAGAAAAUACACAAUUCUAACCCAGAGUAUGAUCUCAAUGCACAUUUAUUGAAUGAAGAAAUGAAUGUCAGUGAAAAUCAUGGGAAAAUUUUUGUUUGCUUCAAGAAAGUGACAGUUCUAGCGUAGAAAUAUUAACUGGAGAUGAUGUUUUAUAUUUCAUUUUCAUAAUUAUUCAUAUAUAGCACUUGUGACCAUGGCCCUCAGAGCUUUACAGAACCAAAAUAAACUUGCCAUUACACUAAGUUCUUGGAAGAUUCAUCCCUGAACCUACAGUUGUACAAAACAAUUUUCCUUUGUAAGGUUAAGAGCUGGAGAUAAGCAGAGAUUAGUAGGUGAAAAAAGAUGGGAUGUUAAGGAUUUUUCAAGAAAAACAUGUCCCCAAAAGAAUCUUUAAUGACUAUUCCAUUCAGGCCAAAAACCCAUCAGAAGAACUGGAGUGUUCUGAUGACAUCUUUUUGGAUCUAAUUGUGACAUAUUCUAAUAGUCCUGUUACAUGUUAACAUUAUUAGAAUACAAAUCCACCAUCUUCUACAUCAAAUGGAAGUUAGAUAGAGACAAACUUGAGUUCAGUAAGUAAGACAUAUGUCCAUUGCCCCAGACUGCCUUGUGUGGGAAUGAGCUCUCUGGAGCUCUAGGAGGAGUGAACCAGAGGAAGAUUCUGGCAUGAGAUGGAGGACUGUUUGAUCCUCAGGUGCAUUUCUUUACCCAUGUCGAGCAGGCAUGUUGUGUCAGGCAAUGCCCUAACCAGAGAUAAAGACGAACAAGUUACUGUCACUGCCCUACAGGAGCUUACAGUUAAGUGGAGAGAUACAUGAAAGCUUUCUUUGAGUCUGUGUUAAUGCAGGUACUCCUCUCAAUGGAGUUUAUAUGAGGCACUGUUGAUUCAAUGAAAAUAAGAUAGCAUAUUUCCCCCGUUGCUCAGGGAUUUGACAUAUUUCUGAGCUGCAAACUUUGUUCACUCAUUUGACCUGAUGUAGGUCCCCUCCAUAUUAUGUCUUCUAACACAUCGCAUCAAGAAGUGGUGUGUCUGUGUGGAUGCCCUCGUAGAUAAAGACAAAUCUCACCUACAUUAAUUUCAUCAGGUUAAAAAGUCUAAUUCAUACAUUUACACAGGCUUUGUCAUCCUUUUGUCAUCCUACAAAAAGCGUAGAGUUCUAAACAGUUUGCAUGGCUAACAUGUUUAGCAAGCACCUGCUUUCCUCAAAAGUAGCGAAGCAUUCAGUGUCUUGACAACCCAUCUUGGCUGUGGUGGGCGCCCAUGAUUUCAAAGAACUAAGAAACCUGGGGGCAUCACCUCUCUUGUCAAAUAUGAAUUUGGUCUCUUUUUUAGACUGAGUAUAAUCACAUGCUGAUAAUAUGACUCAAGCCAAGGCAAUAAUACUAUGUCACUAACUGACACAUCUAUAUAUUAAAAACCCAUUACCAGGUCCCAGAAGAAUAACUUUUCUGAAUUUGAAGUGCCCAAAUGAAUGAGUCAACUUAGCCCAUCAGUUCUGGGAGUAUUUCUUUGUAAGUUUUAGGGCUAGAUGGUAUUAUAGCAAUGUUUACAAACCAAUCCCUUGAUCUACUUAUGGAUUAACCAGAUCCAGAGAUAACCUUUAUUCAAGAAAUAUGUUCACACACACACACACACACAGCUAGUGACACACCCAAGACUGAAUGUAAGGGUGCCCUAUCUCUCAAUGCUAUGUUAUUUUUCAUUGUAUUCUCAUCUAACCAUAGAAGUAUGUCUCAAUUCAUAAAAAUGUGAAUGCCUUAUUGGUCUAGUUAAGGCCUAAGGAAUGGUACACUCUAUGUGGAAGCACUUUGACUUUUGAAAAAAGUAUAUAGUAAAUAAAACAUCAAACUUGUUAGCAUUCUUUCUGUUUUAAAUAUUUUAGGAGAUGAGCUUUAGCAGAAGGAAAUGGAUUUUGACUACAUUUUAAGUGAAAUGUGACCCUCAAAGAUGGUGUAUGGUUCUGAGGCACUCCAUUAAUAAAUACCAUGAAUUGCAAUUCUUUUAAAGGAUAUCUCCUGGUGAAAGAUAUGGAGUCAACAAAAUUAGCUUGCUUUUGGUUAUAAAAACAAAUAAUUAUGCCAGGGGAUAAACUGUGGAUAUAAAAACAGAAUAGACCACUUAAAAAGUUUUGUUCUAUUUUAAAAAAAUCUUUAAUAGUCUGAAUAUUAAAUUUUAAUUAUUAUAGGCCUUACUAGUAAGAAUAUAUAAAUAUUAUUAUAAGUCUUCUUUGUAAGAAUAUAUACUGAAUUCUUCAUAUCCAACAGUAUUAAACUCCUUAAAAAAAAAAAAAGACAUGACAGUCAUAUUAUAUGACAGCCAUAAAGUUUAGAAGUAGAGACUGGAAAAAAAUUAUCUUAGUGGGAAACCAAUGUCAGCUUAAAAUUUUGCACUUACUACAUGUCUUGAUAAUCCUAGAAUGUGCAGAAAUGCUUUCUGUUGUGAGGGCUUAGAAAGCUCAGAGCACUUGAUGUAUAAAGUGACGGAAUAUUUAGGAAUUAUUUGCUGAGGCUUUAAAUUCUUGCCUCCAAUUGGAGGUUAAAUAUGGUAAGAAUAGGAAAUUAUACAAUUGAUAUCUUUUUGAUUGCCUAUUUUCAAACUAGAUUCCAUGAGUCUUAAGGUAAUGCCUUUGCCUUUGUCUAGAAAAUGUCUUCACAUGAAGUAAUGUUACCAAAACAAGGUUUAGGUCCUUACAUUAUGACCUUGUGACAUUAUGACCUUAACCAUACCUUUGAGUUCCCUUGAACUCUGAUCUCAUUUAGGGGAGCUUCUUAACAAAUUAAUUACAAUUGAACUGUUAAAUAUAAAAAUUUCAGGAUCUUAGAGAUAAGCACGGUGCCUAUCACAGAGAGGGAUCUCAACAAAUAUUUGUUCAGUGAAUAAAGAAAUUGCAUUGGAGGUCAUGCAGAAUUUUAUUAAAGUGUGAUAACAGUUCUAGCUUAUUGGAACCAGUUAGAGAUUAUAUUUUAUAUUUAUUUCUUUGGUGAAUUUACUGACUGGAUGCAAAGGAAGUCUUUAUGUCCUUCCAAUCUUCUUGCAUCCUAGCAACCCAAAAGAAGUAACAUUUCAAGAAAGAUUUUAAGGGAUUUGGAACUUGUUAACAUUCUAUUCAAAUAUGAACACCAAUUGUUUCUAAUAGGAAAGACAGUUAGUAUUUGAGGAGAAUAUAAAGUGCGAGCACUGUGAAGGGCACAUAUUUAUUACCAAACUGUGCACGGAGGAAAAUGUAGUUUCUUUCCCACCUAACUGCACUCCUUUGUACUGCAAACAUCAGUCCGUUAAGAUGAUACUUUUUUCUAGAUGCCUCUCAUCUAAAGAUUUUGUAGCAUUUUGCAAAUGGGUAAGCUCAACUACAAUCCAAAGUGUUCUCCCUCUCAGUAAUUCAUAUUGAAUGCAUCCAUAUUCAUAAGCAUCAUACAGAGCAGUUAACAGAACAAAAAUGAGAGAGAGUCAGCUAAACCAGACAAUGCUCGGCUGGGUUAUUGGUUCAACAAACUCAUUUUCAGAAAUCCAGCUAACCUCUCCGGACCUUGUUGUUUGCAAGGCUCCUUCUGGAGUUGUUACUCUCUCAUCUAAGAUCUAAACUGACAAUACGCGUGUAUUUGCAAAUGAAAUUCCAAUGACCAUAUCAUUUUUUGAAGGUCAAUAUUUCAAAUGGAUGUCACUCUUACUUCUCUGAAUAGACUUUUAAAGUGUAAAACAGAUUAUUUCAACUAAUAUGUGGAAAGAACCUAACCCUGUGCUUAGAAUAUAGCAAGUGCUCAAUUAACUGAACUUCUUCCGUUAACUCCUUCCCCUUCAUUCUCUACCUCACCUUUUGUAAUUCAUAUACUCAUGACUCACGGAGACCUUAAUUGCCUACAGAAAACCAACCAUAUAAUGAGCAUUAUUUUAAAAUAUUAUUGAUUUUUCUAUAUCAUCCACAUUCUUAUUACAAUAAUCUAAAACUUUUUUUUAUCAAUGCAAAAGUUUCAAGGAAGCAGUGGAGGCACACUGCAAAUCCCCAGGUGACAAUGAAACAAGGAGCCUCAUUUGAGUAAACCAGAUUGAAUAUAUCCAAACAAUUUAGUUAUUCUUAAUUUACAGUUACCAUAUGUUUUUCAUUUGAUCUACUUUGAAAAUAUUGUAAAAAAUUAAAAAAAAAAUCUCUCCAAUGUCAGCUGUCUUUGUCAAGGUAACUGAAAAGCCUGAUUCCUGGGUCGCCAGACCCGGAAUCACCAGAGGUAUUUAUGAAUAAUACUGAUACCUUGACCCUGCUCAGGCAAUUCUCUCCAAACAAGUCCAAAAAAAAAAAAGAAAAAAAAUAUGCUUUUAAUAUACUUCCUAAGUUAGUCUGUUUCACGUUGUAGUUGAUAAACCAUCCUAACUUAGCCAGUGGUUCUUGAACACCCACAUGUCUUUGGAAUUUCCUGGCUGCGUAAGAAUCAUUUGGGAAAAUAUUAAUAAUAUGCAGUUUCUGAUUCUCUGGGUCUGAAAUGGGAGCUGGAAUCUGUAUUUUAAAAAUUUCCCCAGAUAGUUCUGAUGUGCUGUCAGGUUUGAGGUCUGUGUCAUAACCACCUCUAAAAUGGAGUGUAUUCUGAGCUGAUAGAAGCUAAUGUCUUUAAUUCACUUGGGAUCGUCCUGGAUAUGUCAGUAAAGUGUUUCUCUACCUUAAGAGCCAAGAUAUUCUAUUUGCCUAAUUAUUUCAUGCAUGAGCAUGGUGCUUGCUAACUAAUCCCUCAAUUUGGGGCAGAUUAUCUACAGUGUCCAAAUCUUCUUUUAAGUUGUGGUUGGUUUAUAGCAGUAUUUCUCAGGUCUGGAUGCAUGUGUGGGUCUCUUGGAGAGGAUUUAAAAUUGUGGACUCCCAAACGCCAUCUCCAGAGAUCUGAUCUGAAUGGUUUGAAAUGGGACCCAGAGACCAACAAUUGUAAAGACACCUUAGAUGACACUAAUGUGGGGCUAUCUCUGGGAACCAGCAGUCGACACAAAAGACCUGUUCAAUUCUUGGCCUGGAGGUAUUACUAGGAAAAGAAAAGUUUAUAAAUCUUGAAAAAAUAUCUCUCAUUCUCUUUUUGGGUUCUAAAUGUAUGUUUGUAUUUUGCAACACGAAAAUUGGACUAUCCAAUUACUAAGAUCCUUUACAGCCAUAAAAUUUUAUGCUUCUGUGAUCUGCUAAUCCAAUGUAUAUGUUUAAGAGAACCUAUUUUCCAUGUCCCAAAGCCCUUGCUUGAUGGGUGGAAAAGUAAUUUGCAAUUGGCAUAUAGCAAUGAGCUAGCUCUAGCACAUGGAGUCUUGGUGACCACAGAUUUCCAACUGAAUCUCAGUUCUGCCACUCCCUAACUGUAGACAGGCUACCUGACUCGUAUUGGCCUCAGAUUUUGCAUCUAUGAAGUGGAGGUAGCAGAUUCCCGAUGUGUCUGUGCGCGCGCGUGCGUGUGUGUGUGUGUGUGUGUGCAUGGACAAAUAAAAUAACAUAUAAGUGAAUAGAUACUGUGUUCAAAUUUACAAUAAUUUAUUAUAACAAAAUAUCACUGUGAGGAAUUCAAAACUACUUCCAAAUUUCAGUUGUAAACUGAAAAUGUUAAGCAGACAGCUUUUAAGAAUCAUUGCGAAUUUAAAUAAGCCAAAGGAAUAAUCUUCAGAAAAAAAGAAACAAAUAAAUAUAGUGUGGAAGCAUGCAUUCACAUCUUCUAUAAUGACUCAGUAAUGGAAGGGGGAGUACAUAGGCAUUAUUUGACUUACUAAACACAUACACCAUUUCUUAAAAUAAGUGGAACCCAAGCAAGCCUAAUUUCCCCUCACUGUUAUGAGCGAUCAGAAAAUUAACAGUCAGUUUAGCUUAUUAUUAGUUGGCAUAGCUUAUGUCACAGAAUGGAAUAGAAGGAAGAUUCUCAGAGGUGAUUUGCUGGUAAAGACAGGGAUCCCGAAAUAUUCAGCAACCUGACUCCAUCAACCACAUCAGCUCAGCGGCAGAGUCAGGUUAUGAUCUAAGUUAGGAAGCAGAAUCAAGUCUUCAUCUACUUUUUCUAAAGUUAAAAAAUUCUAAAGGUCCCUUUAAAAUGGGAGAGCAUAAAUUCAAUAAACAUGUAUGUAUUUGUUUAGUGGUGCAGAAAUAAAAUAAUUCCUAGCCAGACUGUGAUUAAGACUGCUCUAAUUGCAUAAUAAAUAAAAAUUUGACACAAAUAACCUCAACUGUUCAUUUGCACACUAAGUUGUACUUUAAUAAAAAAGGAAACUUAAAUGUUUUACAUUGAUAUGUCAGAAAUGAAUAAUAUUCAAAAUAGUAUUUUUAAGCAGUUUCCAAUUGUCUCACUUUAAAGAACAUUAGAAAUGUUUAUUUCAGAUACAAUGUUAGAAAACUUCAAAAAUUAAAUUAGUCAUCUGAAUCAUCUGGGAAACAAAUUAUUGAAUUAGUUGUAUACAUAAAGUAUGUUACAUUAGAGCUUGCUGGAGUUUUGCUAUAAAAAACAAAUAUAAAUUAUGUCUGAAAAACUCUGAGAGUGAUUUUUUUCAGAGGUGUUAACUCUGGUGACUCUUACUGCACCUUUCACAUUCCAUUUUGAUUGAUGGAAGGAGAUAGAAAAGCAGGCUCUCAGAUAUGGUACCCAGACUAAAUCAACAAGCUGGUACUACUCAUUAUGCAAGAAAUAUGCACAAGAGUUACAAGACUGCAUCCCUUUCUCUGAUUGGCCUCAUUAGCCACCUCCAGUCCCUCAGAUGAAACAAUCCUGAAGAGGCCAUCCUUUUCCAAGGCCAGAUUGCAAGAAGAGAGCUCACUGUCAUCUAGGACAGGGUAUGUAUCUCCGGUGACUACAAUAAGAUCCAGGCCUGCCACACACUGGUUUUCUUCUUUAAGAACCUUGAACAGACCGAGAAUAUCUGGUUCAAUGUAAAAGUAGGAGCAGUCCCCUUUUUACAUGAUAGAUGGCCUAUCUCAAAUAUUUUACAUAGUAUUCAAAAAUAAUGAAUUGAAGCACAAAGAGUAUUGUACUUGAGACCAGAAGUUCACUGACAAGGAAAAAAAAAUCAUUUAGCUUGCAGAUCCUUUACAUUCAAAUCAAUGAGAGCUCUUGGGCUGGAAGAUGUAGCAUUGUAAAUGGAGAUAGAAAAACAUAGUGAAAAUAAUGACAUCUUUUUUUUUUACUCUUAAAUUAAAAAUUUAAAUCUCUAGAGCUAUCAGCAUAAUGGCAGCCUUCAAAGGCGAAGUACUUAUUCAUGCGCACCUUUCCCCCUCUUGUCUCCUUUUUUUUUUUUUUUAAUAUAAGGUUGGGUUUUGCAGGAAUCAGGAUUAGUGGAGUAAUUGUGACAAUACAAAAAGACCAUUUUCAUAAAUAGUACAUAAGAAGAAGGUAAAAAGAAAAGAGUGUUUGCUGGAGGAAAUGCAACUGGUCAGAAUUAUCUGAGUGAAAUUAUUGAGAUUAAUCAUCUUCAUUGGAAUAAUGUAGUUUAUUCUGAAACUGAAACAACCUGUACGUAUAAGAGAGGUUUUUAAAGGGAAAAAGUGAAGGAAGAGCUCACAAGUUUCAACACAGAUUCCAGCUCACAAAGCUGCAGAAAGGAGGAAAAGAGUAGUAAACUAAGGAUUAGAACCAAGUUCCCAGUGGUGCAAUCGAUUGCAUGAUUCACUAGCUUUUCUGGGACACUGACUUCUCAUCAAUCAAUAGUGUGGUGCAUUAGAGCCCACUGAGAAGUGCUUAUUAGAUCUUGACUUUUUUGAUUUGAUAUUCUGGGUUAGUUAGCCUGGCACAGUGCAUAGGCUGCCAUAUACUUUUCUGGAAUGUUCCUUCUUUCCUUCUCGGUCUCUUCCGUGUGGCCAUGUCACUGUGCUGGGAGCCAUAAGAAAGAAGAGAAAAUAGUUACCAAGCAGUUUCUAUAGGAGUUCCAAUUAAAAGGUUGCUAAAGAAGAAAGCUGCAGUGAAGUUUACAUACUUUCUCUCAUCUCCUCAAAAACACCCAUACAGACACACAUAAGCCUACACUUUUUCUCUGUAGUUCAAGUGUAACUUUGAAUAAAACAAUGUGCACUCAAAGAAGUCAAAACUAUCAUGGUGAAACAAAAUGUGCCAAUUCUAGCCAAUAUGUGAAUUGUAAGGGUCAGUAAUCCAUAAAUUAUUUGGGUGGUAAUUGUAUGUUUUAUUAAUGUAAUGUGAUUUUGCACUAUUGUACUAUCAUAUAUAAGCAGACUCUUAAAAAUACUCUGAAACCUAAAUGCCAAAUGUACAGUUUAUAGUUCUUGUUAUUUCUGAUAAGGAUUUACUUGCAUUGUGCUAAUAGUUGUUUAAUGCUAUUAACUUCAUGUAUGUGUAAAAUUGCAAUGCAGACCCCAUAGGGUUGUUGUAAGCACACUAAUUAGUCAUCUGGAUUUUUAUAGAUAAAAUCACACAUUGAUCAGAAACCACUUUUCUACUUAUUUUUUUGUAGAGUAUUUUUCCACACUUGAAAAGACAUGAUUAUUUUAUAUCAAACAUCAGCUUUUCUUUAAAAUCUUAUUUUAGUAGCCAGUGCAUGUUUGAAAUAAAAUGUGUCAGAAAUUAUAUAAAGAUAUUAAGGCUGUGUUAUAUUAGAUGGAAAAAUGCAUGCCUUUGGUGAAUCAUGCAACUUUGGGGGAGGGGGGCAUUUACACUGCCAACUCAUACAUAGGCUUUGUCCCAGUCUGUGUGCAUGAUUCACGUCUUUCAAACAAUUCUUUUUAAACUUGAGAAAAGUGAAAAUGUUGUUCUUAGUGCUAAUGAGCCAAUAGAAAAUGUUGCUUUGCUUUUCUUUAACUGGGCAGCAUAAUGUGGUAAAAUCCCCCCACCCCCAAUUUUCUUCUUCAAGUUUCUUGUUGGCAAUAAAAUAAAACAAAUAAAAUCAUUUGUUGGCAAAUGAUACAAUUUACUGCAUAGAAAUUUACUAUUAUAAAAGCAUGAAGAUAUGAAAAAUAUCAUCUUAAUCAGUUCUAUACUAUGAACACAAUAUUCUGGCAGCUUUUUCUACAAUCAAGAAGAGUGUGUCUUUUUUCUUUUUACACUGCCAAAAUCAGUAUUACUGCCAGGGGUGGUGGGGAGGGAUGUGGGAACGGAAAACACGUGAGGCCAGGUCUGCACAACACUAAAUUGGGCAAUAAUGUAGAAUAUCCAGGCAGUGUGAACAGCCAAUCAGUGUACUUGGUAGAGCAGGGAGGAAAAAUAUUUUUCUCGGUAACUUGAGUGAUUAGGGGGGAAAAAAAUGUGUAGAAAAUACACAUUUUGGCUGCAAAGACCAGGCCUCUACAUGCUGAUAAUUUGCAGUAGUCUUUGGGAACAGAAAUUAUGCCAUUUGGUGAAGUUUUGUUCAUGUUUUUAUUUUUCUUUGGUGUUCUUCAGGAAAUAUACUUGUGCUUUUAAAAGGGCUUAAUUCCAAACAGAUAAUAUACAUGGACCAAUGACCACUUCCCAAAUGAAAUUAGUCAUUCAUCAUAAUAUAGUAAGGCUAGAAAUAGCACUUGGUGACUUAAAACAUCAAUAUUAAGCAUUUAUAAGCAUUUAUACUGUUGGAAGGUAAUUUUAUUGCUAUGUUAUUAAAACAGUAGGGAUUCUAUUUAUACAUUUAUUUAUUUAUUUAUUUACAGAUGUUUGGUUCAUUCAAGUUCAAUUUUAACUGCUUCAGUGAAGUUAGUAUAAUAGUAAGAAAAGUUGAGUCUAGCUACUAUUCCAAGUGAAAAUCAUGCAACUGAGUCUUGCUACAUCCUGGAGGAAAGCAUUAAUCCAAACGUUGAGUAGCCAGUCCUGGCAGUAUGGAGGCCAUCUUCACUGACCAGGAUGUUGCAUGUGUAUGGCAUUCAGUAAACAACUGAUCUGGGCUCUUAGUUUGCUACCAUAUUGUUCCCUUCAUUAAUUCAACUUGUAAAUAACAUAACAUGUUAUGGCAGCUAAGCAAGUAUUUUAAGAAGCCAUGCAAGGCAAAAUGCCAUAGGAAAUCUGUAUAUUCAGCUAUUUGAAGAACUUGCAUUUUCCACAAAUUAAACUGGAGAUGUCAUUUGAAAUUUCCUUCCCUUAAAAAUGCCAUCGUAAUGUGGAUUUCUGGCCCAUUGAUGUCUUUCUGGGUUUAUAAAUAUAUGGUGUGUUUGGUAUAGUUAUAAUUUUUUGAAAUUUUGUUCAGCAAUUAAUAGUGGCUUCAGUGAUCUGUGCUAAGAUCCCAAGGCAGAAAUAAAUGUAUAAAGGGUUUGAGCCUGUAUGUGUCAGGAGAAUUCUCUUUCUUCAAUCAUAUUUCCUAUAUUCAAUGUAAGCACUUCACUGAUUUACCACUGGAGUUAUUCCUUAGAUGUGUAAAUAAUGAUGUUCUAUUCAGGCUUAAUGAAUUCCUGUACUGUGAAUAUUUAAAAUAAAAGAAUUCAAUUAAA